CAGCGAAGCAGGCCGAUACUGGAACAUGAACAUUAUACUGAAGGCUACGUCUGUACCAGACUGAAUAAAACUUUCAGUCUACCGCUUAUGUGUUCUAUACCACGCUCGUGUUUGUACGGGGGAAUGUUUGACUAUGUGUCUGGAGCCAACUUCUUAGGAGAGAUAACCGAGUGGGCAGGCUUCGCUCUGGCUGGACACUCUGUUCACAGUUCAGCUUUUGCCGUCUUUACCACAGUGGUCCUCACCAGCAGGGCUGUGGCCCAUCACAAAUGGUACCUCGCUAAGUUUGAAGACUACCCUAAAAGCAGGAAGGCGCUGAUUCCUUUUCUGCUCUAAAAAACACCAUGGGUACUGGAAGCUCGACAAGGUACUUGUUCUCACAACAAAAGUCCCCCAGAUGUCAGAGAAAACCUUGAAGAUAUAUAUUUUGUUAACAUAAAUGUAACAGAGGCUGUAUGCUUUGUAAAUGAUCUCAUCUGGGCUGCAACAGCUAAACACCAUCAUACCGUCUGCUUAUUACUUUGGUAAUAAUGUCUAACAAAGCAAAAUAAGCCGAACUGAAUGUACUGGAAGUGUUUGCUGAAGAGGCGACAUUUAGCGUUCCUGAAGAGGAAAUAAGAUCCCGACUGGAGCAUACCUCAACAGUUUACAGGAGAUUUAUAACACUUCGCUCAAGCAAUAAACACUUUUUAAGACUCUCCGCUGAUCUGCAUAUUCUCCCAGAUGGAUCAUAAACUCGGAAAUGCAAAGCAGACACUUACAAGUCUCAGGAGUCAUCUGUUGCAAGUGCAUCUUUUUUUAACAUCCAUUGGAAUUGAAUAGAUGAAAGACGAGGGAAGUUCCUUCCUCCUUUUGACGACAACACUGCGUCUCCGUCCUUUAAAGACUGAGACACGAGCAGGCUUGUCCACAGCUACUCGGCUGCGGGGCCAAUCAAACGGAGGUCAAGCACGGCCCUCAAUAACUCACCCAUGCCUGAGGUAAGAAGAAGAGGGCGCGCUGCCUUAACACGUCACUACUGUCGGAGCUUCGGAGAAACAGAGAGAAAAGAAGAAGAAAUGAAUGAGUGUGUGAAAGCUGCGGUAAAGAUAAGACAUCUGGAUUUGAUCUUCACGUCUCUUCUAUUCUAUCAUUGUUUCAUUAUCACUUUAACCACGAGCCAUGUGAGUUAGAGCUGUUCUGGAAUCAUGUCUCCUUCUGUAGAUACUAAUAAUGUGCCUUACUUUCAGUGUUUCUCAAAAUAAGUUUAUAGCGGGGGGGGGAAAAGUGCAAUUAUCUCAUCGCACGUUAAAUUUAAAUGCAAGUGAAAAUGACAUUGAUUGCGUUGAAUCUGGGUUUCACAGUGUACCUGCUAAAAGUGCCAGCUGCAGCUUCCUCCCAUAACUCUUCUGUUCUCUCUUUCCCAGUGAGGGACAUGUUACAACACCAGUCACAGCCAAGGUCACGUCUUUAUGAAUUGUAUUAAUGUGUAAAAGAAUAUCUGUAUGUUGUCAUUGUUUUAACACAUGGUCUCAUCAAUAAACAAUGUGAUGGGGUGUGAUGAAAAAUGAA